AUGCCGGAGAGAUUCAAUCCUGCCCCGCCGCGGGAAGCGGGCAGAGUUCCAGAAGCGGCCGGGGCCCUCACUAGACAAAGGGCUCAGAGGGAGCUGUCCGUCACAGCCCCUGAUUCUACUAUCAAGACCCUGCCCUUACGAGCCGCAGGGCCCCCGGAUGCGGACGGCAAUCAGCCCCAUCACUACUGGCCUUUCGCCACUAGUGACCUUUACAACUGGAAGGCACAGAACCCUAAGUUCUCCAAGAAGCCAGCAGGGCUCAUUGACCUAUUAGACUCUGUGCUUUUCACCCACCAGCCCACAUGGGACGACUGCCAGCAGCUUUUGCAGGUCCUGUUCACAACGGAGGAGAGAGAGAGAAUCCUCAAUGAGGCCCGGAAAGUGGUUACAGGCGUGGACGGGAACCCAACCACCAACCAGAAAGUGGAAAAGAAGAAGGAGAAGAAGAAAGCCACCCUGCUGUCAGCUCCAGCUCCCCUCUACCCGGUUUUGCAGGCAGGAAUUGGAGAAGAGUUAAUUUUUCCUCCCCUGUAUCAGCUCCCUAGGAUGCCGGAGAGAUUCAAUCCUGCCCCGCCGCGGGAAGCGGGCAGAGUUCCAGAAGCGGCCGGGGCCCUCACUAGACAAAGGGCUCAGAGGGAGCUGUCCGUCACAGCCCCUGAUUCUACUAUCAAGACCCUGCCCUUACGAGCCGCAGGGCCCCCGGAUGCGGACGGCAAUCAGCCCCAUCACUACUGGCCUUUCGCCACUAGUGACCUUUACAACUGGAAGGCACAGCCCCAACCCACAUGGGACGACUGCCAGCAGCUUUUGCAGGUCCUGUUCACAACGGAGGAGAGAGAGAGAAUCCUCAAUGAGGCCCGGAAAGUGGUUACAGGAGUGGACGGGAACCCAACCACCAACCAGGCCCAAAUAGAUGUUUCUUUUCCCUUAACCAGGCCUGAAUGGGAUUUCAACACGGCAGAAGGUAAGGAGAGGCUCCGGGUCUACUGCCAGACUCUAAUGGGGGGUUUCCGAAUGGCUGCUAGGAAGCCCACCAAUUUGACCAAGAAAGUGGAAAAGAAGAAGGAGAAGAAGAAAGCCACCCUGCUGUCAGCUCCAGCUCCCCUCUACCCGGUUUUGCAGGCAGGAAUUGGAGAAGAGUUAAUUUUUCCUCCCCUGUAUCAGCUCCCUAGGAUGCCGGAGAGAUUCAAUCCUGCCCCGCCGCGGGAAGCGGGCAGAGUUCCAGAAGCGGCCGGGGCCCUCACUAGACAAAGGGCUCAGAGGGAGCUGUCCGUCACAGCCCCUGAUUCUACUAUCAAGACCCUGCCCUUACGAGCCGCAGGGCCCCCGGAUGCGGACGGCAAUCAGCCCCAUCACUACUGGCCUUUCGCCACUAGUGACCUUUACAACUGGAAGGCACAGAACCCUAAGUUCUCCAAGAAGCCAGCAGGGCUCAUUGACCUAUUAGACUCUGUGCUUUUCACCCACCAGCCCACAUGGGACGACUGCCAGCAGCUUUUGCAGGUCCUGUUCACAACGGAGGAGAGAGAGAGAAUCCUCAAUGAGGCCCGGAAAGUGGUUACAGGAGUGGACGGGAACCCAACCACCAACCAGGCCCAAAUAGAUGUUUCUUUUCCCUUAACCAGGCCUGAAUGGGAUUUCAACACGGCAGAAGGUAAGGAGAGGCUCCGGGUCUACUGCCAGACUCUAAUGGGGGGUUUCCGAAUGGCUGCUAGGAAGCCCACCAAUUUGACCAAGGUAGGGAAUCUAUAGCAGGAAAGGGAUGAGUCUCCAGCUGCCUUUUUAGAACAGAUCAUGGAGGCAUACCACACUUAUACCCCCAUGAAUCCAGAGGCUCCUGAUAGUAAAGCAGCUGUAAUCAUGAGUUUUGUAAACCAAUCGGCUGCAGACAUUAGAAAGAAACUGCAAAGAGUAAAUAGAUUAGGAGAAAAGAGUUUGCAUGAUUUGCUGGAAGUAGCUGAGAAAGUGUAUAACAACCAGGAGCCUCCUGAGGAUAGGCAGGCCCGCGCCAUGGUGACUGCCAGUGACAAGCAGACCCAAAACCUGGCCAAGAUUCUGCUAGCCACCACCGCAGACUCCCCUGAGGAAAGGACCCGCCGCCUUCGCCAACUUGCCGAUGACCAGGAGGGAGGCAAGGGGGCUGCCCAGGGUGGGAAAAAGAAGCUGCAGAGGAAUCAGUGCGCUUACUGCAGAGAGAUAGGACACUGGGUUCAAGAAUGUCCAAAAAAAGGCGGCAAGAAAGGAAGCAAGGCGGACUGAGUGGGAGUUUUAGAGCUGGAGGAGCUGAGUGAUUAGGGGAGUUGGAGUUCGGAUCCCCUCCCCGAGCCCAGGGUAACUCUUAGAGUGGGGGUGGGGGGCCUGGUUGACUUCCUCGUUGACACCGGAGCACAACAUUCGGUCCUCCGCACACCUCAGGGGAAGCUAGCCAACAAGAAAUCCUGGGUACAGGGGGAAACUGGCAUGAGCCAGUAUUCAUGGGCUACCCAAAGAAUGGUCGAUCUAGGAACGGGCCAGGUAUCCCACUCCUUCAUGGUGAUACCUGAAUGUCCCUACCCCCUAUUAGGACGGGCCUUGCUAACCAAGAUUGGAGCCCAGAUAACUUUCAGACAAGGGGGGCCCCAGGUCACAGAUGGCAAAGGCCACCCCAUCCAAGUUCUGACUCUAAGACUGGAGGAUGAGUAUCGCCUCCACCAGGGAGCACCCCCAGUAGAAAGCAACAUGGAUAGAUGGCUACAAGAAUUCCCCAUAGCCUGGGCGGAGAAGGGGGGGGGUGUAGGACUAGCCGCCCACAGGGCCCCAACCCUGGUAGAGCUAAAACCAGGAGAAGGCCCGGUAAGAGUCAAGCAGUACCCUAUGUCUCAGGAGGCCUGGAAAGGAAUCCAGCCUCACAUUCGGAGACUGCAAAGCCUAGGGGUACUGGUUAUGUGCCAACCUGCCGGGAACACCCCCCUCCUGCCAGUCAGGAAGCCUCACACGAAUGACUACCGACCAGUACAGGACCUCCAGGAAGUAAAUAAAAGAGUCAUGGAUAUACACCCAACUGUUCCUAACCCAUACACUCUCCUAAGCUCUUUGGCGCCCUCUAGAGCAGGGUUUGCCCACGGCUGCUCUAGAGUCUGGUAUAUUGUAUUAGACUUGAAGGAUGCCUUUUUCAGCCUUCCGCUGGUGCCUCAAAGCCAACCCUUGUUUGUCUUCGAGUGGCAUGACCUGGAGGAAGGCUACAGUGGACAAUUAACCUGGACGCGAUUACCCCAAGGGUUCAAGAAUUCGCCUACCAUCUUCGACGAGGCACUACACAAGGACCUCAGUGAGUACAGGAGAGAGCACCCCGGUUUCACCCUCCUUCAGUACGUAGAUGAUAUCCUGAUUGCUGCUGAUACCGCCGAAGACUGUGAACAGGGGACCAGAGAUCUGUUGGCCACCCUGGGAACCUUAGGGUACUGGGCCUCUGCAAAGAAAAUUCAAAUAUGCAGAGAGAGGGUGAGUUACCUGGGAUACAUCUUGGAGGGCGGACAGCAGCGGCUGUCUGAUGCUAGAAAAGAGAUGGUCUUGAAAAUCCCUACUACCACCUCCUGGAGGGAAGUGAGGGAAUUCCUAGGAUCGGCUGGCUACUGCCGCCUCUGGAUACCAAGUUUUGCUGAGAUCGCCAGGCCCCUAUAUGAAGCUACCAAGGAGAGAAAGGCGUUUGAAUGGACUGAGAAAGAAGAAACAGCCUUUAAUCAAAUAAGGAAAGCCCUUUUAGCUGCUCCAGCCCUGGGCCUGCCAGACAUUACAAAGCCCUUUAGUCUCUUUGUAGACAAACACAAGAGAAUAGUGAAAGGGGUUUUAACUCAGGCUUUAGGCCCCUGGAGCCACCCGGUAGCGUACUUGUCUAAAAAGCUAGAUCCAGUAGCCGCCGGCUGGCCGCCGUGCCUAAGAAUCAUUGUGGCAACCGCGCUCUUAGUCAAGGACACCGACAAAUUGACCCUGGGACAGGAAAUCUGGAUCACAACCCCACAUGCUAUUGAGGGAGUCCUAAAACAACCUCCUGAUAGAUGGAUGAGCAAUGCACAUAUGACCCACAAUCAAAGCUUGCUACUCAACCCUCCUAGAGUACGGUUCCAUCCCAGUGUGGCCUUCAACCCUGCUACCCUGCUGCCUGACCCCAACUUAAAUGCCCCACUACAUGACUGCGGGAAUCCUAGAGCAGGUACAUGGACUUCGGAAGGACUUGACCGAUCGGCCCUCCCUGAUGCAGAGGCCACCUGGUUCACGGACGGAAGCAGUUUCGUGCGUGAUGGGUGCAGGUACGCGGGUGCAACAGUGGUCACCGACACGGACACCAUGUGGGCAGAAGCCCUGCCCCCUGGGACGUCAGCUCAGUGAGCAGAACUCAUUGCACUCACUAAGGCACUGACACUGGAGGCUAGGAAACGGCUUAACGUUUACACAGACAGCCGUUAUGCAUUUGCUCCGGCUCAUGUCCACAGGGCGAUCUAUCAGGAGAGAGGGCUAUUAACAGCAGAGGGACGGACAAUAAAAAAUAAGCAGGAAAUUCUCGACCUGCUUGCGGCCUUGUGGCUCCCUGCUAAACUAGCCAUUAUCCACUGCCAAGAGCACCAGAAGGCAGAUGACCCAGUGGCAAGAGGUAACCAAAAGGCUGAUCAGGCAGCCAAGGCAGCGGCCUUCACUUUGGUCCCCACCAUGGCCCUACAACUACCAGGCCCCAGGGACCCAGUUUUACCAGAUCAGCCUGGGUACUCCCAGAAAGAGCUGUAUCGGAUCAGGAAGCUUCCCCUCACCCAGGAAGUGAAGGGAUGA